UUUAUUAAAAAUAAUAAAUAUUAAUGAUUCCCAGUAUAUUGAAAAAUAAAUAUGUAGAAUCUUUCCUUAUUUGGCUGAAAUCCUACACAAACCUGAAGUCUCUUGCUCAAAAUAUGCCAGAAUCUUUCAGUUAGAUCAAAAGAAUUUUGCCGAAUCCUGUGUAAAUCUGCAGGCUCUUGCUCCAAAAAAAAACUGGGCAUCAGCUGUCACUAUUGCAAUCUUGCAUAAUUUUCUGAAGCAUAUUGUGCAAAUCUGCAGAAUGUUAAUGUAAUUCAGCAGAAUCUGGCAUAAAUUGGCAGAAUCUUAUGAAAUCUGAGAAAUCUUAAAGAUAACAUGCAUAUUUAGACUAGAUUCUUCCCGUUUACUUUAAGAUUCAAGCAUAUUUAAGCAAGAGACUUUGAGCGAAAUUCUCAGAUGUAACUAGAUUCUAGCAUAUUGAAGCAAGUCUCCUUAUUUUGUCCAUUUUGUACAGAUUCACUUAAAGAUUCAGCAGAUAUACACAAUAAUCCUUCAGAAAAAUUAUGCAAGAUUGACAAAAAUUCAGCUGAUUCCCAGUUUAUUGGAGUAAGAGUCUGCCGAUUUAUAAGGGAUUCUGCAUAUUUAAACAAGAUUCUUCUGUUUUAUUUUAAGAUCCCAGCAUAUUUGAGCAAGUGACUUCAGGUUUGCAGAGGAUUCCCACCAAAUAAGGCAAGAUUCUGCAUAUUUAUCUUUCAAUAUGCUGGAUAUCGUCAGUAAAUAUGUUGCAUGAUUUUCUCAAGGAUAUUUUGUAGAUCAUCAGGCUCCUGCUUAAUUAAAUAUGCAUCAUCUAUAAAUCUAAAAUCUUGCCUAAAUUAACAGAAUCUUCAACUAAAUCUGAUCUCACUUGCUCACAUAUUCUGGAAUCUUAAAGUAAACCUGAAUUAAUUUAUUUCUCCGAUUUGCCAAAGAUGACAGGAACUACUAACAGUCAAGAGCUAACGACCUAGGCUAAAAUUUUGAGAGAAAAAAAAUUGUGUUGUACAAUUUAAAUAGACUUCUUUCCACAGUCUAAGCUGUUCAUAUAUUAUUAAUAUGAUAUCUUUAAUUGUUAAAACUUUAUUUUUUUAAAUAAAUUCUUACAAUUUAGUGUUAGAUUUAUGAAAGAUUGUUUUAUUUGUAUUUCAUGACAUUUUAAUAUUAAAAAUCUUAAUUGAAUGUUUUAUUUGUUAUUAACCAUUUAGAAUUUUAUCAUCGAAUGUACUAAAUAAAUUAUACAUUUACUAGAAUCGUCAGAACUAAUAAACCACCCCCCAUUUUAUUAAACAGUCAAUUUGUUAAUGAUUAUAAUUUAACAGCUGGCAUUUACACCAGCUUUCAACAUGCAAUAAGAUGUUAUUAGGGCAGCUUUCAGGCACAGCAGGUGCCCCCCCCCCUGGUCUCGAGAGGGUGGCCGGUUUAUAAAAGGCCGGUCCUUCGUCGACACCAUGCCAGUGGGGUUGAUCCUUCUUGCAAGUAUGCACGUGAACCAAUUCGCCCUGGCGCUGGCCUGUGUAGCCUUGGCAAGGGGCCAAGGACAGGACGAGGCCUGUGAGACCCUACCGUCUGAGAUACACAUAAUCAAAGAGGAGUUUGACGAGUUAGGGAGGCUUUCAAGGACAUGCAAUGGUGACAUAGCGGUGAACAAGUGUGAAGGCGCAUGUACAUCGCAAGUGCAGCCGAGUGUCAUAACGCCUACGGGCUUCCUCAAGGAGUGCUACUGCUGCAGAGAGAGUUUUCUUCGUGAGAGGAUUGUCACUCUAACACACUGCUAUGACCCGGACGGUAUGCGCCUCGAACGGGAUGGCUCGUCAACUAUGGACGUGAAGCUGAGGGAGCCUUCGGACUGCAAGUGUUUCAAAUGCGGCGACUACACACGAUAGGACUUUUUUGUUUGUUUUUUGUUGUUUUUUUUCUCCGCCCCCAUCAUUUAUUUUAUUUAAGCAAUAAGUCAGUGCUGUAAUUAUAAAAUUAUUAUAACAAUUGUACUGUAUAAGUUAUAAGGGAAUUUGUGCAUUUAUUCAAUUGACACAUUUGAAAAAAUAAA